AUGAAGGGUGAUGAGAGGUCUCUGGAGAAGAACAUGGAGAGAGACAUUAUACUAGAGGUCAGAGGUCUCUGGUUCAGAAUGAAGGGUGAUGAAGAGGAAGCCACUGCUGUUAAAGAGACAAGGAGUGUAUCCAGCCAUAGCAACCCUAUCAACCCUAGCAACCCUAUCAACCCUAGCAACCAUAUCAACCCUAGCAACCAUAGCGCGACUGCGGAGCAUGGUCGAGACUCAGUCAACCGUAACGGCAGCACCAGAGGGACGUUGUCCCCCACUGAGGUUCCGUCUCUACGGGGUCUCAGGAAGACGCAGAGCAGCUCGUUGGAGGAGGAAGAGAAGGUCUCCAGGACCAAUAAGAGGACGGUGCUGUCCAGAGGAUCUAAUCUAACCCGCUCCGGGAGUGUCAAGGACCUGAUUCACAAGUUCUCGGGCUCCUCCUCAGUCAAUGAAAACGACUCACCGGUUCUGUCAAUGGGCGGAUCCCUGCCCGAAGACUCUAACCGGCCAAUCAGGAUGUCCACAGCCAGAACUGUGGAGGUACUGGCCUAUCAGAACUCCCAGUCCAACCCAAACACAGCCACUCUCAGUAGUACCACAGUACAGACACAGAGCCCAGUCAGGAUGUCCACGGCCAAGUCCACCUCCCAGUCCAACCCAGCCAUUCACAGCAGCAGCACCGUAGAGAACCAGAACCCGGGGACGAAGACAGGCUCACCACAGCCCAGGAGUCCUUCAGACAGUCAUUCCCAGAAGGGUGAGGGCCAGAACCAGGGUGGCUCUCACAAAGAUUCCAUGGCAGGCUCUGGAUUGGCUUCGGAAUCAGACUUUAAUCCCAACAAGAGGCCUGAAAGUCCCCCAUCUGAAGACGAGCCAUCCAAUCCCAUCAAAGUCCGCCAGAACCCCAAAUACCAGCUGUACCUGAGUGGAGACGUGCCGGGGAACGGUUCCAGGGAUACGAAUGGAACAUUUGGGGGAGAGAACGUGAACGGGAUGGAACCCAGGAACAGUUCCCGUUGGGACAGCGCUAGUUCCAGAUUCGGACCAAACUAUCACGGGUCCCUGGAAUCUCUGGCCUCUCGGGACUGGGACACCAUGUCAGACAGGCUGGGAGGUUAUGAGAGUCCUCCCAGGGUGUUCAACAGUCCCUACGCUACAGCUGCUUCCACAGACUACAACCCUGGCAUGUACCGGAUGUCAGAGUAUAAGGAGGGGUUGUCUCCAGCCACAUCAGAGCUGAACCUGUUCAACAGCUACAACAGCAGGAGUACCAGCCCUGUGCCCUCCUUCACCCGGACUGUGAACGCCCCACGUGCACCCUUCUCAACCUACGACACCAUCAGGAGGCGGGACCAGCAGGGGAUGUCAAGCCAACUCCACAUGCGUUCCACUGUGUCGUCUGUCGCUAUGCCCAACAAGAGAGACUACAUCGAGGAGUUGACCAGGCAGUUGGAUGCCUGUCAGAAGAGGAACCAGUUCCUGGAGGCAGAGAGCGUAGAGAUGGACAAGGAGAGGAACCAGAUCAGGUUGGAGAUGAGAAGCCUGUUGGUGAACAACGAGGACCUUCUCAGAACCAACAGUACCCUGCAGAUGGAGAUGAGUAGGAUGAGGAUGAGGAUGGUAGAGCUGGAGAGAGACAACACGGCCAUGACGGAACGCUUCAGAGUUAUGGAGACGGAGCUAACCGAGGCCAGAGAGAUGAUGGUGGAGGCCAACACUCAGGAAUACGCCUUCAACUUCCUGCAGCAGUCUCUGAAGAAUAAGAUACAGGACGCUGAGGAGGCGCUGGAGAAGCAGUCGCUCCAUGCCGAGGGUCUGUCCGAGAAGCUGUGGCUGUCUGAGAGACAGUUGGAGGAGCUAGCGGGGGCCAAGGAGACACGGGACAAGAGGACAUCAGAGCUCAGUGACACUGUCUUCAGACUGGAGACUGAGCUCGGGGAGGCCCAACAGAGAGCCACCCAGGCCUCAGCAGAGCUCAGUCUGCACCAGAAGCUACGAGAUGGGGACCAGCUGAGGGUAAAGGAGCUGGAGGAGACGAUACUGGAGAAGGACCAGGAGCUGCAGAGAGCCCAGCAGACUGUCAGCCGUCUCCAGGGACAGGUGUCAGGUAAGCUGAUAGAUAAGGAGCGUUCCCUGGAGGAGGAGAUCCAGCUGAGAGAGAGAGUUCAGCUGCAGUUGAAGCAGGCAGAGAGGAGUGUAGAGGACCUGACCAUGGAGCUACAGACGGCUGCACAGACCAAGGAGGACCUGGACAAGCAACUCAAACAGGCUCAGGAGAAAGCGAUAGAUCUUGAGAGCGACCUGGAGGAGAUGCAGGACAGUGAACAGAGUUGGGCCAGGAAGCACAAGAGAGCCAUCGAACAGACAGAACAGCUCCAGCUGAAGUUGAUUCAGGAGAAAUAUGUGAAUGAGCAGCUGGACAGUGAGAAGAUCAACCUGACGAGACAGCUGCGUGACCUGCGUGUGGCGAUGGAGGAACUUCACAGCUCCAGGGUCCAGGUGGAUGUGAUCACUAAGACAGAGAACCGGGUCAAGGAGCUGGAGAACGCUCUCAGAGUGGAGGAGAGGAACAAGGUGGUGAUGAGCAACACCAUCAUUAAACUGGAGAGGAAGAUCAACGAACUGUCUGGUCAGCUGGAGGAGGAACAGAAGAUCAAUACAGAGCAGAAGGACCUGAUGACCCAGAGGAUGCGUUCCCUGAAGCGUCAGCUGAACGAGGCGGAGGAGGAGUCCAGUCGUAGAGACGCUCAGUACCGCCACACCCAGAGAGAACUGACAGAGGAGAGAGAGACCUCCAACAGACUACAGAGACAGCUCCUGGAUCAGCACCUUCAACUCAAACGUAAGGAGUCCACCAUGCAAAUGAGACAGACUCUGGAGAACCUGCGUCUGGAUCUCAGUGUAGAUGAAGAGGACCAGGCUGACCAACAUCCUCCAAGGCCUGAAUAAAGACAACAGCACCUCCUCAUACUAGCCUUUUUCCACACACCUGUAUUGAUAAAGGUUAGAGUGAUACCCCCUAAUACCACCGCUAAUAGACUUGACAAGAAACAACACAUUCUACACUGGCACCAAUACUGUCAUUUAUCGUAGGAAAAGCCCACAAGUGAAGUGUUCAAACCUUCUUUAGCCUCUUUCUCUGUACUAUUGAAAUGUGUCUUUAGUUAUGGUUAUUAACUAAAGGUCCCAAUGCAGCUGUUAUUAUCUCAAUAUGAACUCAUUUCUGGGUAACAAGGAUCUUACUGUGAUUGUUUUCAAGUCAAAAUGGUCAAAAAGAAACAAAAAUGGAUUCUUUGCAAAGAGGUUUUUUUCAUAAUACAUUUUUUUGCUGGGAGUGUCUGGGAGUGGGGAAACUGACAACUAGCUGUUAUUGGUAGAGAGGUUUGGAACUCUCUUUCUUAUUGGUCUAUAUAACUAAUUUACCGCCUGGUGAAGUCACCAGCCAGGUCAAAACUCCAUCCCACCAAAACAGGCUGAAACUUCUGGCUGUCUUUUCAAACAGCUCUUACAACAACAGGGCAUUAUCAUAAUUUUAUCAAUUUCACAGUAUUAUUCCAACCCCACAGUGUGGAAAUAUAUAUAAAACACAGGACACUCAUGUUUUUUUUUGGGGGGGUUCUGUAGAAUGUUAAAGGAAGUAGUAGUUGAAGUGUUGUGAUUCUUUUGAAUCAAAUCAAGCUUUAUUUAUACAGCAGGAUAUAUUACAGUAUAUCAAUACAAUUAUAUUGAAUCAAGCUAGCGAUCCCUGUACACUCAAGUCACGUGUUUUAACGAAGAAAAAAGGGCCAAUAAUCAAUAUAUAAUCAUUAUAUGAUCAAUAUAUAAUCAUUAUAUGAUCAUAGAGGACUUUGGGUUAAAGUAGUUUGGACAAUAUUUCCUACAAAUAAACGAAUCUGUUGCAUUACCGUGUUAACUAUAUUAUAAAUAUCUUACUUCCGUACAGUAUUGAUAUUACCUGCUACACUAUACACUUUGAUUUAUUUUAUAUACAGUAUAACGCUUGUAUUUGACUUAUUCACCUCUGAGCAGAAUGUGGAAGUGUCUUCCAUUUGCAAUGCUUGAAGGACAGACAGACUGUGCAUGAAUGAUUGGACUGUAAUACAAGCCUGUGAAUGAUUGGACUACAAAACAAGCCUGUGGGUGAUUGGACUAUAAUACAAGCCUGUGAAUGAUUGGACUAUAAUACAAGCCUAUGAAUGAUUGGACUAUAAUACAAGCCUGUGAAUGAUUGGACUACAAAACAAGCCUGUGAAUGAUUGGACUAUAAUACAAGGCUGUGAAUGAUUGGACUACAAUACAACGCCUAUGAAUGAUUGGACUACAAAACAAGCCUGUGAAUGAUUGGACUACAAAACAAGGCUGUGAAUGAUUGGACUACAAAACAAGGCUGUGAAUGAUUGGACUACAAAACAAGCCUGUGAAUGAUUGGACUACAAAACAAGGCUGUGAAUGAUUGGACUACAAAACAAGGCUGUGAAUGAUUGGACUACAAAACAAGUCUAUGUGAGGGUGAACAGUAUGUUCCACAAUGGACUGUUUACAACUAAUAGAAUGUUUGUUUUUGUCACAUACACCGGAUAGGUUCAGUGAAAUGUCUUGUUUUACAGGGUUGUCCAUUGUAGUACGGCUCCUCUGGGGCAAACUAGGGCUAUGUGGCUUUCUUAAGGGCAAAUCAUAUUCAGACUAGGGCUAUGUGGCUUUCUUAAGGGCAAAUCAUAUUCAGACUAGACUUUUCGGUUACUGGCCCAACGCUCUAACCACUAGGCUACCUGCCUCCUCUACACUCUAACCACUAGGCUACCUGCCUCCUCUACACUCUAACCACUAGGCUACCUGCCUCCUCUACACUCUAACCACUAGGCUACCUGCCUCCUCUACACUCUAACCACUAGGCUACCUGCCACCUCUACACUCUAACCACUAGGCUACCUGCCACCUCUACACUCUAACCACUAGGCUACCCUGCCUCCUCUACACUCUAACCACUAGGCUACCUGCCUCCUCUACACUCUAACCACUAGGCUACCCUGCCACCUCUACACUCUAACCACUAGGCCACCUGCCUCCUUUACACUCUAACCACUAGGCUACCCUGCCACCUCUACACUCUAACCACUAGGCUACCUGCCUCCUCUACACUCUAACCACUAGGCUACCUGCCGCCUCUACACUCUAACCACUCGGCUACCUGCCUCCUCUACACUCUAACCAAUAUAAUACCUACCGCCUCUACACUCUAACCACUAGGCUACCUGCCGCCUCUACACUCUAACCACUAGGCUACCUGCCACCUCUACACUCUAACCACUAGGCUACCUGCCUCCUCUACACUCUAACCACUAGGCUACCUGCCUCCUCUACACUCUAACCACUAGAAUACCUGCCUCCUUUACACUCUAACCACUAGGCUACCUGCCUCCUCUACACUCUAACCAAUAUAAUACCUACCGCCUCUACACUCUAACCACUAGGCUACCUGCCUCCUCUACACUCUAACCACUAGAAUACCUGCCUCCUUUACACUCUAACCACUAGGCUACCCUGCCACCUCUACACUCUAACCACUAGGCUCCCUGCCUCCUCUACACUCUAACCACUAGAAUACCUACCGCCUCUACACUCUAACCACUAGGCUACCUGCCGCCUCUACACUCUAACCAAUAGGCUACCUGCCCCCUCUACACUCUAACCACUAGAAUACCUACCGCCUCUACACUCUAACCACUAGAAUACCUACCGCCUCUACACUCUAACCACUAGGCUACUUGCCGCCUCUACACUCUAACCACUAGGCUACCUGCCGCCUCUACACUCUAACCACUAGGCUACCUGCCACCUCUACACUCUAACCACUACGCUACCUGCCGCCUCUACACUCUAACCACUAGGCUACCUGCCGCCUCUACACUCUAACCACUAGGCUACCUACUGCCUCUACACUCUAACCACUAGGCUACCUGCCGCCUCUACACUCUAACCAUUAGGCUACCUACUGCCUCUACACUCUAACCAAUAGGCUACCUGCCGCCUCUACACUCUAACCAUUAGGCUACCUACCGCCUCUACACUCUAACCACUAGAAUACCUACCGCCUCUACACUCUAACCACUAGAAUACCUACCGCCUCUACACUCUAACCAUUAGGCUACCUACCGCCUCUACACUCUAACCAAUAGGCUACCUGUGUAUAAAGCCAAGUUAUCGUUUCUCAUUGUGUAUUUAUUAUUACUUUUUCUAUUAUUUCUCUUUUUUUUUUCUCUCUGCAUUGUUGGCAAAGGACCCAUCAGUAAUUAUUUCACUGUUAGUCUUCACCUGUUUAUGGAGCAUGUGACAAAUAACAUGUUAUUAUGAUUUUAUUUUAAUUACCUACAAAAACAACCACAGCAACAAACAGAGGUGUGGACUCAGGUCACAUGACUUCCUACUUUUUUCAUGAGUCAGACUCGAGUCACAAAUGCGAUGACUUCCUACUCGACUUUGACUUUAACACCAAUGACUCGUGACUUGACUUGGACUUGAGCCUUAUGACUCGACCUGACUUGAUACCCUCCCCAAGCCUCCCCAACCCUCUCCAAGCCUCCCCAGCUCUCCCCUCCCCAAUCCUCCCCUCCCCAACCCUCCCCAAGCCUCCCCAACCCUCUCCAAGCCUCCCCAACCCUCUCCAUCCCUCUCCAACCUUCUCCAACCUGCCCCAACCCUCUCCAACCCUCUCCAACCCUCCCGAACCCUCUCCAACCCUCUACAACCCUCUACAACCCUCUCUCCAACCCUCUCCAACGCUCCCCAACCCUCCCGAACCCUCUCCAACCUGCCCCAACCCUCUCCAACCCUCUCCAACCUGCCCCAACCCUCUCCAACCCUCUCCAACCUGCCCCAACCCUCUCUCCAACCCUCUCCAACCUGCCCCAACCCUCUCUCCAACCCUCUCCAACCUGCCCCGAGCCCAAAUAUUAAAAAUGAUGCCAUUUAAAAAAAAAGUGUGUAGUGCAUCAACCCUUCAUUUAACAGAUUACAGUUUGAAUCUGACAGCAGCCAAUCAAAUUGUGCCAGCUGAGAAAAAGUUGUGCGUGGCAGUACAGAGGAACGUCGGCGGGUGUAUUCAGAUGGGAGUCCUUGGAAAGAUGAUACCAAAAAUGAUCUAAAGACGACGCUGUAGUCAACAAAAAACAGAUUGCAACUUACAAAACAUGCAGGAAGAAAAUGACGGAGGAGCAACAACCUCCAACUCUGUUCCACAUUUGAAGCUGCACAAAGAACGGUCAAUCGUGGCUAAUAUAGCCGACGGCUAUAUCAUUCAUAACUAUACUAGUGUAGCAUGUAGGCUAAUGUAACAUUAAGUCAAUGAGCCUCCACACAGUCAGCCAGUGCGGGGAACGUGAUCAUUGCACCCAGAUUGAGCUACAACUGGCUAGGCCUGAUGUUACUGCUGUUCCUAAAGCCAUUGACAUACGUUAGCCUACUGUAACCACACACAGAUAGGAUGUGUGUUAAGGUUGGGUGAUUGUGUACAAGCCUACAUCGCCCCAUACUGAUCCUCGAUAGUCCAUCGCUAUGGGGGGGUUCUUUCUCAUGGCUACCCAUGUAUUUCCGUGGAAAUAUAAAGUUUAUUUAGAAAGUAAUAGAUAUAUAUAUAUAUGUAAAAGCAUGCAUGAUUUGUGUAAAUGUAAUAUACUAACUAUUACUCUUGUCUAAAAUAUUAAAUAUUAAAUGGUAUUACAUUAGGUGAAGAGCACAUUAUGACUUGUUUGGGACUCAAAACUCAAAGUUUAGGACUUGAGACUUGACUUGGACUUGACUCAGACUUGCCGGUCUUGACUUGGACUUGAGUGCUAAGACUUGAGACUUACUUGUGACUUGAGCAACAACACUUGUUGCUCAAACCCUGAGAGAGAGGACCAAGACAAACCCUGAGCAGAAGCUCAGAGAGAGAGGACCAAGACAAACCCUGAGAGAGAGGACCAAGACAAACCCUGAGCAGAAGCUCAGAGAGAGAGAGGACCAAGACAAACCCUGAGCAGAAGCUCAGAGAGAGAGGACCAAGACAAACCCUGAGAGAGAGGACCAAGACAAACCCUGAGCAGAAGCUCAGAGAGAGAGAGGACCAAGACAAACCCUGAGCAGAAGCUCAGAGAGAGAGGACCAAGACAAACCCUGAGAGAGAGGACCAAGACAAACCCUGAGCAGAAGCUCAGAGAGAGAGAGGACCAAGACAAACCCUGAGCAGAAGCUCAGAGAGAGAGGACCAAGACAAACUGUUCAAGAAGGAGAUUAUUUUAUUCUCAGGACAGAGGAAUCUAAAGGGAAUUCUAUACGAUGUGUGCAUGGUGAAUAGCUGCUGGAGAUUCAUCUAACCAUGGAGCUGAUGUGCUGUUUUGUAGUACAGUAUAGAACAUGGAGACUGUAGCAUGAUGUACUACAGUACCCAUAAUGCCCUGUGUACAACCAUUCAUACCAUACCAGUCAGUGUCUCGAUGCUCAUGCAUCCGCGAAAGAUGUAAUCACUUACAGGAACUGCUCAUAGUGUGCACUCAGGCUCCACAUAAACAGGAAGUAGGAAGCAGAUCUCAUGUUUUUGGGGGGAAUUGAGAAUGUGAUAUCCUAUAUUUUAUGGUUUUACGUUUGUAUAAAUAGCUGUUUUAUCUGAUGCAGUUAGAUAAACUCUUAACCCUUCAGAUAAACGUAUUUCACAAAAUGUUCCUUUUCCUUUCUUCACAUGCUGGCAAGACCAAAAAAGGGAUUCAGGGCCCUUGAGAUCAGGUUCCAGGCCCUUGAGAUCAGGUUCCGGGCCCUUGAGAUCAGGUUCCGGGCCCUUGAGAUCAGGUUCCGGGCCCUUGAGAUCAGGUUCCGGGCCCUUGAGUUCAGGUUCCGGGCCCUUGAGUUCAGGUUCCGGGCCCUUGAGUUCAGGUUCCGGGCCCUUGAGUUCAGGUUCCGGGCCCUUGAGACCCUGUUUUGCAAUAGACUUCUGUAUAUCUUAAAACAAUGCCAUUUAUUAUGUAUUUUUGUAACAGCGUUUAUAUGCUUUAAGGUGCCGUUGGGUAUUUAUUCUACUUCACAGGUGUUUUAUCUUCCGAAAAUGAUGAAUAUUAAUAUUAAAUACAUUUUGAAAAAAUAA